UUGCUUUCUUCAGUGUGGUCAUGCUGUCAUGUGUCAUUUAUGUGCUAUCAAAAUUAUUAUUUUUGAGGUUAUCUUAACACAAAAUACAAUCUUUAAAUACUAAUAGACAUUGAGUUAAAGUUUGAGCUAUGAACACAAUAUAUAGAUUUGCCUGCCAAGGAAAUGUCUCCCUAAUCAAACGUUUUAUACCCAGUACGAGAACGUUUAAAAGUGAUUUAAAAAUUAAGUGGGUUAGACCCGAGAAAAUACCGUGCAUUGAUCCUAGAAAAAGUGGCGAUGUAGAGCCUGUAAUGUACCCAAAUUCAAAAAAAUUGCCACUUGAAUUUAAAGAUUCAGAUAUAGUUAGCAAUGUGGAGGAGUCGGUUUUAGAUAUGUUCUCAAUAGGAAAAAGCCGCCGACGCCUUACAUGUGAACUAACUAGAGAAAAUAUGAAAGACAGGGUUCGGAGGCAUAAAUAUGAUGAGAGUUCCCGAGAAACAAGGAGUAAGUAG